AUGGAUACAUAUAACCUAAUUGAUGUGUAUCAUCCACAAACGGGCAAUAACUUGAUGAUUGUAAAUCAUCAAGUUGUUGAUUCUAACGUGAGUCCAUACAUUAAUAUGUGUUUAAAAAAACGGAAGCGCCAUACAUUUACUAGAGGACAGCUGGAUGUCUUAGAAAAUAUUUUCUACACAAAUAAAAAACCAAGCAAGGAAAUGUUGGAUGAUUUAGCACAACAAUUUGGCUUGAGCCCGUACCAAAUAAAAAUUUGGUUUAAAAACCGUGUAGCAAAGUUGAGGAAAUCAGGGAAUAUUCAUAAUGCACAUCAUGAUUAUAUGACUGGAUCACUACAACAAGCAUCCAGCAGUGGAUAUUCGCCACAAGCAUCUACCAGUGGAUAUUCGCCACAAGCAUCUACCAGUGGAUAUUCGCCACAAGCAUCUACCAGUGGAUAUUCGCCACAAGCAUCUACCAGUGGAUAUUCGCAACAAGUAUCCAACAGUGGAUAUUCGCAACAAGUAUCCAACAGUGGAUAUUCGCAACAAGUAUCCAACAGUGGAUAUUCGCCACAAGUAUCCAGCAGUGGAUAUUCGCCACAAGUAUCCAGCAGUGGAUAUUCGCCACAAGUAUCCAGCAGUGGAUAUUCGCCACAAGUAUCCAACAGUGGAUAUUCGCAACAAGUAUCUACCAGUGGAUAUUUGCAACAAGUAUCUACCAGUGGAUAUUCGCAACAAGUAUCUACCAGUCGAUAUUCGCAACAAGUAUCUACCAGUGGAUAUUCGCAACAAGUAUCUACCAGUGGAUAUUCGCAACAUAUCUCCAGUAGUCCAUGUUCGCCAGAGGUUCCUACUGGCGCAUGUUCACCAGAGAUCCCCAGUAAUGUAUAUUCGGAAGGGGAGUACACAAAUGGGGGGCAUCCAGAAGAAUUUUUCCGUCGACUUUCACCUCAUUAUAUGGAAUACAUAAGUAGAAUUGUGCUAGAGGGCUGUGUGAAUGGAACAGUUUAA